UAAAAUUCAGUCGUAACGCGACAUUUGAUGAAGAAAGUUAUAAAGUGAAUUAAAAGACAUCAAGUGCUUCCUUAUAGAAUUAUUUUUAAAAAAUAAGAAGUUUGACGAAAUUAAAAAAAUUUCGGAAGCAAUUUGUGAACAAGAAUUUUUUUUGUGAUAAAUUUUGACUUCUGAAAAGAACUGCUAUCUUAUCACACGUGAAAGCAUUAAUGCUUACAAAUUUAUUGAACAUACUUAAUGUGAAUGUUACAAAUAUAACAUUUCAUUUCGGCAUGCACUUGAAUCAAUAAGCGAUAUAGAUAUUGUAUACAUCAAGCAGACAUUUUUUUCGCCUUGUUGAGUUAGUUGUGCCUUAUCAGUCCGCUGAGCUUGUUGGAAAAAAAAAAUAUAAAAAUUUAUCAUCGCUGAAUGAGCAAUUUUGUUUCAUUUAAUUGCGAAUAGAACUGAACAAAUUACAGUUUUAAAAAAAUAAAUAAUGUUGAUUAGAAGGUGACAAAAAGCUUGUUAAUUAAAAGUUACAAAUAAUUUUUUGAAUCAACAAACAUCACCUGUGAUAUAAAAAGUGAUAUUUUUCAAAUAAAGAAAAAUCAAAAAAGGAAACGAACUAAAAUAAAAUUAAAGUCGCACAAAGUAAAGUUUCAUUGUUUGCAAAAUGACUACCGAUAAACAACAACAGAAAAUCUCAUUGAUUGAGAAUGGCAAUGGAGCAACAAUGCCACAAAUUGUAAAGAAAAAUAUAAAUGGACAUCCAACGCCGGUGCAUACAGAAACAAAUAAUUGCAAAACAGAACGUGGCAAAGCGUUUAGACAAAUUUUAGCAGCUUUCGUAGCUAAUAUUGGACCAAUGAAUACGGGUUUGAUUUUUGGAUUCUCAGCAGUUGCUAUUCCUCAGUUACAGUCAGCAGCAUCAACAAUACAAAUUAAUGAAGAUCAAGCAUCAUGGGUUGCAUCACUCUCAUCACUAUCUACACCAAUAGGAUGCAUUCUCGGUGGUUAUCUAUCGGACAGAAUUGGAAGGAAAAAGACAUUGAUUUUUACAGAAAUUCCAUUAAUUCUUGGAUGGAUGAUUAUUGCCUUCGCAUCACAAAUUGAGAUGAUUUACAUUGGACGAUUGCUUUGUGGUUUAGGAUCAGGAAUUGUUGGUGCACCAGCUAGAGUAUAUACAUCAGAAGUAACACAACCACAUUUGCGUGGAAUGCUGACAGCGCUCUCAUCAGUGGCACUUUCGUUUGGUGUUUUAAUGCAGUAUACACUCGGUGCAUUUCUAUCGUGGCCAACGUUAUCAGCUGUGUCAUGUAUUGUGCCUGUAAUUGCAUUCAUUGGAAUGUGUAUGCUCCCAGAAACUCCAAAUUACCUCAUAACACAUCAAAAACCUGAAAAAGCCUUAAAGUCAUUGACGAGAUUGCGUGGUAGCUUCUAUAACUUCCAAAAAGAAAUUAAUCAACUUCAGGCAUUUGCAGAGAAAACGAAUACAAAAAAGAAGCCUACAGGAAAGGAAAUGCUUGAUGCCCUUUUAGCGCCAUCAUGUUUGAAACCAUUUUUCAUCCUCGUUGUAUAUUUCAUGCUGUAUCAAUUUAGUGGUGUAAACACAAUUACAUUCUAUGCUGUUGAAAUCUUCCGAGAUUCCGGUGCCGAUAUGGAUAAAAAUACAGCAACAAUUAUCCUUGGUGCUUUAAGAUUCCUCUUUACAAUUGUUGGUUGUGUUGCAUUGAGAAAAUGUGGUAGACGACCACUGUCAUUUAUAUCUGGUAUUGGAUGUUGUAUAACAAUGUUAGGACUCGGUUCGUUUAUGUAUUAUAAGCAACAGUGUGAACUACAAGGUAUUCCAACAAUGCAUACGUGGAUACCUGUGGCUUGCAUCUUCAUUUUCAUUAUCACAUGCACACUUGGAUUUUUAGUCGUUCCUUGGAUAAUGAUCGGUGAACUCUAUCCCAUGAAAGUGAGAGGAAUUGUCGGAGGAUUUACAACUUGUGCUGCACAUUCAUUUGUCUUUAUAGUCGUCAAAACAUAUCCACUUCUGUGCCAUGGAGUUGAAAGACACGGUGCUUUCGUAAUUUAUGGACUUAUAUCAUUUGUUGCAACAAUAUUCUUCUAUUUCUAUUUACCCGAGACGAAAGGAAAGACACUUCAGGAAAUUGAAGACUAUUUCAGUGGCCGUAUAGCUUCACUGGAUACAAAGAAACUUGAGAAGAUAAACAAUAAUCUUAACAACAAUAUCACAAAUAAUAACAAUAAUCAAAUUGUCCUUAUAAUGGAGAGCGAGAAGCUCUUGAAUCAGAAGCAAUAAGUGGCUCUGUUCAUGUCGUAAAUGACCAUCACUCAUAUCACUCACGUUUUUCAUAAUUUUAUCUUUUUCUUUUGUACUUACUUAAUAAGUAGUGAUUUUUUCUCUUUCAUUUCCAUUGAAGUUAAAUUAAUUAUUAGACUGCUUAUAUAAGAAGAAACUGUUAAAAAUUAUAUGUAGAUAGUUGAUGAAAUUAGAUAGGAUAUUUAAGAUUUAUGAAAAUAUAUUAGACUGUACAAAAUACACAAAUGCUGUCAGUAUUUGAAGGAACAUAGAAUUAAAAAUUAUAUUUUUGAAAUGACAA